AUGUUUAACUUGCUCCCGAGUCUCACAACCGCCUACCGAAACCAAACUCUGAAACCCGCCCAGACCACUCACUUCCCGCCGUCUCGUCGUCUCAAUGACAUGAUCCACUACUCCACCAGCGACAUCACCAAGCUCCGCGCAGACUGCAUCGUCAAUGCCGCCAACUCGAGUCUCGCGGGGGGCGGUGGCGUCGACGGUGCCAUCCACCGCGCCGCAGGGGAUGGCCUCGUGAACGAAUGCCGGACAUUGCCGGGGAACCCACGCUGUCCCACCGGCGAAGCCCGCAUUACCGGUGCCUACAAACUCCCCUGCAAAAAGGUCAUCCACACCGUCGCCCCUGACCUGCGCGACGCCAGUGAGGUCCCCACAUUUCGCGAAAAGCUGGCCAGCUGCUAUCGCAAUGCCCUGCAGCUGGCGGUCGACAAUAAAAUGCGCAGUAUCGCCAUCCCGGCUCUCGGGACCGGCAUCUAUCGUAUCAAGCAUGAGGACUCUGCGAAUGUCGCCCUUGGGGAAGUUAGGCGCUUCUUGGACGAGAUGGCUGAUGACAACGGGUUUCUGCUGGAUAUCGUGUUCUGUGAUGUGAAUGCGAAUAUCACGCGUACAUAUGAACAGUAUUUUCCGGAAUACUUUCCUCCAGCUCAAGAUGAGUAGGAAUUCUUUUGGUACUACGCAGUUGAAUACAUACGUUCAACUGUAGGAUAGAUCUGUCCUUACCGGCGUUCUGUUGUUUCGGUCUAGUUAUUUCUACUUGUUCAUCACUAAACCAUGUAUACUAGCAGUGCUUAAUC